AUUCCCCUCGUAUCGUGAUCAGACAGGGAGACACGGACCCGGCUGAAACUGUCAAAAGUUUACCAACUCCAGGAGGAUGGUGUGUGAGUAGAAGAGGCGACCGAGACUGCAGACAGGAGAUCGGCCCCUUCUCUGCUCUGGAUCUUACCCCCGUCUCCAGGGAUCGGUGAUAUGUGAUGCACUGGAUGUGAAGUUUACUUAACUAUCGGGGAUCAUUGGAAUAAGAAAAGAUUUCCCCCAAGGAUCUUGGGAUUUCUGCGGACUUCUCACUGACAACAUGAUGAAGAUCCCUGGUCUGAGCCUGAGACACCUAGGAGCUGCUGUACUCCUCAUCACCUUGUUUCCUUUCAUGACUUGUAAUACCAAAGACGACAGAGUUGUUUGCUUGGGAAAUGAAAACAAGUUGACACAAAUGAGCACAGUUGAAGAUCACUACAACUCUAUGAUGCGAAUGUACAAUGGAUGCCAGGUUGUACUUGGAAAUCUGGAAAUCACCCACUUAAAACGGGGUCAUGACCUAUCUUUCGUACGGGAAAUACAAGAAGUUGGAGGAUAUGUUGUUAUUGGUGUUAACACUGUUAAGAUCGUUCCUCUGGUCAACCUUAGAAUUAUCCGAGGUAACAGUUUGUUUAAGAACGCUGCGCUCUCCGUAAUUUCAAACUUCGCGGAUAGGAAUAAAAACCUUGGUUUGGAGCAGCUGCCUUUGAGAAAUUUACAAGAAAUUCUUCAUGGUGGAGUUUCCAUAAGAAACAAUCCAAUGCUUUGCAACGUAGAGUCCAUCAAUUGGAAGGACAUCGUUAAUCCAAACCAUCUAAUUACUGUGGAAAAUAGUACCCGUAAAAACUGUCCUGCAUGUGAUGAGGCUUGCAAUGGAAUGUGCUGGGGACCUGGUCCAGAGAACUGUCAUACAACUACAAAACUCAAUUGUGCCCAACAAUGCCCUGGACGUUGCAGGGGACCAAUGCCCAGUGAUUGCUGCCAUAGUCAGUGUGCCGCUGGAUGCACAGGUCCUAGAGAAACAGACUGCCUGGCAUGCAGUAGGUUUCGUGAUGGUCAAACAUGCAUGGACAACUGUCCUCCUCUGCAUUUAUACAAUCCGAAUACAUAUCAAAUGGAACCUAACCCUUUAGGGAAAUACAGUUUUGGAGCCUCAUGUGUCACAAAAUGUCCACAUAAUUAUAUAUCAUCAGACCAUGGAUCUUGUGUUCGGACUUGUAGUCCUGGUUCAUAUGAGGUAGAUUAUGAAGGCGCCCGCACCUGUAAAAAGUGUGAUGGACCAUGUCCGCAAGAUAAAAUUUGUGAUGGUAUCGGAUUUGGAGCUUUAGAACAUACUUUAGCCAUAAAUGCCACCAACAUUGGUAGUUUUGAAAAUUGUACAAAAAUUAAUGGAAAUAUAUACCUCUUGCCGUUAGGUGCCGAAGGUGAUUCUUUUACCAACACACCAAGUUUGGAACCAGCUAGCUUGGAUGUGUUUAGAUCUAUCCGAGAAAUAUCAGGUUAUUUAAUGAUUCAGUGGUGGCCUGCAAAUUUCACUGAUUUGAGUAUUUUUGAGAACCUGGAAAUAAUCAGAGGCAGAACUAAACAAUAUGGAAGCUUCUCGUUUGCUGUAGUACGCAUUUCCAUAUCGUCACUGGGAUUACGCUCUCUCAGGGAAGUGAGUGAUGGCGACAUUGUAAUUAAACAAAAUCCCAAUCUCUGUUAUACUGACUCAAUGAAUUGGACAACUAUAAUCAGAGCAAACCAACAGAAGUCAAUUGGAGAAAACAGAAACGCUGAGGAAUGUGCUGCUGAAGAAAAGAUUUGUCAUCCCUUUUGUUCUAAUGGUUGUUGGGGACCUGGACCCUCGCAGUGUCUUUCCUGUAAAGCGUUUAAACGUGGAAGAGAAUGUGUGUCAUCCUGCAAUAAGCUUACAGGUAAUCCAAGAGAAUUUAUUGAAGAUGGUGAUAUGUGUGUUUCAUGCCACCCUGAGUGUCUGCAGUUGAAUAACACUGUUACCUGUGAUGGACCAGAUGCAAAUCAGUGCACAAAAUGUGCUCAUUACAUUGACGAAGGAGACUGCGUGAAAAACUGCAUACCUUCCUAUUAUGACGACGAUAAUGUCCUAAUUCCAAAAUAUCCAGAUGAAGCUGGAGUUUGUCAAUUCUGUAGCUUAGAAUGCAAGACAGGGUGUACAGGUCCUGGUAUUAAAGGCUGUAAAUCUUCUGGAUCCAGUGUGGCGUAUAUUGCUGCCGGUGUCGUUGGAGGCAUUCUGGCAGCUGUUGUGUUAGGAUUGGUUGCAUUUUUCUUUAUGCGAAGAAAUCGCAUUAACAGAAAGCGGACUCUUCGUAGAUUACUGCAAGAAAGAGAGUUAGUGGAACCUAUUACUCCCAGUGGUGAAGCUCCAAACCAAGCACUUCUUCGAAUCCUGAAAGAAACUGAAUUCAAGAAGAUAAAGGUCCUUGGGUCAGGAGCAUUUGGGACUGUAUAUCAGGGUCUUUGGAUUCCAGAAGGUGAGGGCAUCAAAAUUCCUGUUGCUAUCAAAGAGUUACGUGAGGCCACAUCACCUAAAGCCAACAAGGAAAUUUUAGAUGAAGCGUAUGUUAUGGCCAGCGUGGAUAAUCCUCAUGUGUGCCGUUUGCUGGGAAUUUGCCUAACCUCCACUGUCCAGUUGAUCACACAGCUCAUGCCUUACGGCUGUCUUCUUGACUAUGUUCGUGAACAUAAAGACAAUAUUGGCUCAAGACAUCUUCUCAACUGGUGUGUGCAGAUUGCUAAGGGAAUGAGUUAUCUUGAAGAUCGACGAUUAGUCCACAGAGAUUUAGCUGCCCGCAAUGUCCUUGUAAAGACACCAAACCAUGUUAGAAUUACAGAUUUUGGGUUGGCCAAGCUUUUGGGGGCAGAUGAAAAGGAAUAUCAUGCAGAAGGUGGAAAGGUCCCAAUUAAAUGGAUGGCACUGGAGUCCAUUUUGCACAGAAUAUAUACCCAUCAAAGUGACGUGUGGAGCUAUGGCGUCACAGUAUGGGAGCUUAUGACUUUCGGGUCUAAACCAUAUGAUGGAAUUCCAGCCAGUGAAAUUUCAACAAUUCUAGAAAAAGGAGAGCGUCUUCCUCAGCCUCCCAUAUGCACUAUUGAUGUGUACAUGAUUAUGGUGAAAUGUUGGAUGAUAGAUGCUGAAAGUCGUCCAAAAUUCCGUGAGUUAAGCGCAGAAUUUAGUAAGAUGGCUCGUGACCCGACACGCUACCUUGUCAUACAGGGAGAUGACAGAAUGAAUUUACCCAGCCCCCCUGCCUCUAAGAUCUACCAGACUUUGAAUGAUGAGAUGGGAGAUAUUGUUGAUGCUGAAGAAUAUUUGAUUCCACAUCAAGGAUUUUUUACCAGUCCCCAAACAUCUCAAACGCCGCUCCUGAGUACAACGAGUUCCACAAGCAACAAUUCACCCAUCAUAUGCAUUACUCGAAAUGGGGGUCUGUCACUCAGAGAAGACAGCUUCAUCCAGAGAUAUAGCACCGAUCCAACAGUCAUUUUGAAUGACAGCAUUGACGAAGAAUUCCAUCCUGUUCCAGAAUAUGUCAACGAGACGAAUUCAAAGCCACAGAUCUCAACCAUCGCAAACCCAGUUUACCAUAAUCUCCUUCCCGGGGACACAAAGCCUUCAAAUGGCAUUCAUAGGAAUUCCUAUGGGAAUGGUGUGAACAAUCCAGAAUACCUGAACUCAGGUCAGACCUUCGUAAACCACUCAGAAAAUGACUAUCCUGCCAUCUGGGAGCAAAAAAUUGGCCAGCAAAUAAGCCUGGACAAUCCUGACUACCAACAGGACUUUUUCCCAAAAGAAACCAAAAUCAAUGGAUUUAAAAUUCCUGCGGCAGAAAAUCGUGAAUAUUUGUCACCAAAAAGUGACUAUAUUGAAGCUUCAGCAUGACCAAUAGCUGGUUCAAACAUUCCUGGCAUUCUGCCAACCGGGGCACAGUGAGUUCUCAGAGGACGCUUGUAGACAAUGGACCCUAAUGAAUUGAAUGCAUAUUGCAGUACUUGGGCACUUACACUUGUACAUUGAAUAUAUUGGGAUCUAUAGCUCCCAGUGAAUCAUCCUCAAUGUUCCUCCGUUGUUUUGUUCUGAAAGACAACACCUCUAACACGUUUAUAUAUAAAUAUAUAUUAAGAGAUUUUUUUUUAAUUUGCAAAAAAUGCUUUUUAAUUCCUGUGUUUUUAUAAUGUGUCAAGAUAUCCUUUCACCUUUUUGUUUUCUGUGUUUUGUCCAAGUUAACUGGUAUUUGUGCAUAAAAGUUAAUAUACAGAACCUGUUGUCAUUCUAAGCAUGAAAUCUAGUGGAUAAAGUAUAUUUUAAUAUUUAGCAGUCUUAUGUCGGGGAAAAGAGACGCUACCGUAAAAAAAAAAGUGCAUAAUCACAACUAGAUGUUUUCCAAUGGCAUUUCAUAUGUCUGUGUUUUGGAACUGACUCAUUGGAUAAUAUGUAUAUAUUGGAGUAUAAUAAGUGUAAAAUUGUUUAAAAUCGGAUUCAUGUAUGGCACUGAAUUGCACAGCGAUAUUCAAACAUAGCAAGCCUCAUUAUCAUAUAUGACCGAUUUACCAGUGGUUGUCAGGGCAGACAUGUACCAGUUGCCAAGAAAUGUAGCAUGGUGUACCACAAGUUCAGAUAGGAGGGCUAUCACCACCUUAAAUGGGUUUUCCAGGAGUUCAGUAAUGAUGGCCUAUCAAUAUCUGAUUGCUGUGGGCCCAACUCCUGGCCCCUCGCAGAUCAGCUGUUUGAAGAUGCCGUUGAAUUCCUGUGAGUGCCACGGCCUCUUUAUAGACCAGUGACAUCACGUUCAUUGGUUACAUUGCCUAUUUGCAGCUCAGUCCCAUUGAAGUGAAUAGGCCAAGCACCACCAUUAUACAAUGUAUGGCGCUGUGCUUGGUAAGGUGUGAGGAGGCCACAGUGCUCAUGACCUCUUCAAAAGGCUGAUUGGCAGGAAUCGGACCCCCACUGAUCAGAUAUUGAUGAUCUGCACUAAGGGUAUGCCAUCAAUAUGGUACUUCAGAAAAACACAGUUGAAAGAUUAAUUACAGUGCUGCCUGCUGAUUUUCUGAGACUUUUUAACUGAUGACCUAUCCUCUGCUGUUUGAGAAGGCACCGAGGCUCACAGUAGCGCAAUGGCCUUCUCUCUUAUACAUUGUACAGUGGCUGUGCUUGAUAUCGCAGCUUAAUCCCACUCACUUGAAUGGGGCUGAUCUGCAAAUAAGCCAUGUGACCAAAAAAAGUGACGUCACUAGCCUAAGAUAAGCUACAAGAAGGCCUUGGCGUUUAUAGGACUUUUGCAGCCUACUCAAACAGCUGAUUGGUUGGGAUCCUGGGUUAAAAAGUAAUGGAAGGCAUAACUUGUAACUAAGGGGUCCAAAUUUGAACUGUAAAACAGGGCCUCCCCAUGUAUCAUGUACUAUUUUAAUACUAGUGUUUUCUUAUGUGGCAGAGGGGGCUAUAGUCACUCAGGUACCAAGGUCCAGUUUGACUGCUACCUCAAUACCCCUAUAGCUAUGGCCCUAGUAUACUAGACUGUGUGUAAAGGACUGGGUUAACAAGGGUUAUAUGAGAAUGGAAGAAGAGUUUAAUCUUUUGUCCAUGAGCUGGGUCUGGCAUGCAGCAGAUCUCCAUUCAGUUAAAAAGGCCUGAGCUGCAGAGGUAGCAGACCAGGUCCAUAAACAAAUAUAUGGUGCUGUUGCAGGAAUUUCAUACAACCCUUUUAACGACAAGGCUUGUGGGUCAGCCAAAUUAAAAGGACAGAUUUGCUCCAAAUUCUCCCUAGAGGAAGAACUACAAGCACCUCACUCACGACUUAGGAUUUGAUCUUGGGACCCAGAUGCUUUUGUUGUACAGGUGCCCUCUGUUGUCAAGGUCCUUGAAGAUAGUGGUACUUUCUUGUGCUGGUAUUUCUUAAAGGCUAUGGACAUGUUUGGGGCAUUUUUUCUUAAUUAUUGCAUUGUACUCAUUUUGGGUUAAAAAUGCUUAUUUCAAUUGAUCUUUAUUAAACAAUUUAACAGUUUUCUCUGUACAGCUGAGUCCCAUCAUACACAAGCUCUGAUGGCUGAGCCUGUAGCCCUCAUCUCUGGACUCCUGACAGCUCAUAAACACCCAUUUUAGCUCAAUUCUUAUAAAAGUGAUUAGAAUAUGGCGUAAAAGAAAUGUGUCAUCAGAAAAAGACCUAUUGUUUAAAUCACAUUUUUGUGUUAAACAUAUUUUUCAUUUUAUUUUUAUUCAAGUCAAUAUCUAUAUACUGUAUAAACAAAAAACAUAAAAUCUUACAGUUUUCACUCUUAGCCAACUAAGCCUAAUAGGCUCCACUUCUUGGUCUGUACAGAUCACUUUACUGCAGUUACCUGCUUAUCUUUCAUUCUAAUCCUGCCUCUAAUGAUAUUACCUAUGUGUAUAGAUAAGACAUGUUCCACCAUUCAUAAUAGGUGAUUGUCAGAGCUUAUCUAUUCUUUCCACACAGCAUGCCUAGAAAGCUAUCCCAUAGAUCAUGGUCCUUGUGGCUGCCAUAAAGCACUUUUCUUAAUGCUUUCUAAAUGCUGUUAAAAACUGCUCAGGGCGGCCCAUAAUAAUGUUCAGGAAGUAAAAUAAAAUCUAUAAUCAGAAAAUAAAAUCAGAUUAGAAAAAUAGGAUAUGUGCUACUAUUUGGCUUUAGCUGGCAGAAAGAAAGUGUAAGGCUGGUUUCACACGAGCAAGUUCAAUGCAUUGAACCCGCAGCGUGCGUCUGAGAACGCUCCCGUCCUGACCUACAUAGCACUGAUAGGAUCGCAUAUCACUGACAUAAUGCUGUCAGUGUUAUCCAAUACAUUCCAGAACUCUGAGGGUUACACAUCAUCAUAAAUCAAUAUAAUACUACGUGCAUAGGUAGGUCAGGACAGGAUCUCUUGCAGACACACACUGCGAGUUCAACGCAUUGAACUUGCUUGUGUGAAACCAGCCUGAAGAGAAAGCAAUAGUCUGCAGACAAACAGAAACUGUAUAGAGAAAACUGCUAAAAAAUGUUUAACAAAGACCAAUUGAAAUGAUACUUUGCCUAAGUUUGUGUUGGGCAAUAGUACCAGAUUCUUCUUUUGGUAUUAAAUAGCAAAAUGUUCUGUGUUGCUUGUAACACUAGUGGUCUAGGGGUACCACUGGCAGUAUGCCAUCAGGCUUGACCCUAGCAUUGGAAUGUGAUUUAUUAGCUGCUUAUAAUUCAUUUUUGAAAUUUCCUCCAAGUCAAUGCCAAUACUCUAAGAUAUACUGUAUUGCAUUAUUGAUUUCCAGGAGUAUUGCUGGUUCUUCCUCCUGUGGUUUUUAGUAUUAUGGCUUGGCCAUCACUUUAUUUUCAUCUAGCCGUAUGUCUUUACAUUCCUUUUUUAAUAAAACUUUACCUUUGUGUCACUGAGUCUCCAUCACGUCUGUUGACUACUGCUCACUAGUAGACUACCAGUUUAUAAAUUGGAGUAGUGCAAAAUGGUGUUAAUUACACUAGUCAUUAAAGGGGUUUUCCGAGAUUUUUGUACUAAUGACCUGUCCUCUAGAUAGGCGAUCAGCAUCUGAUUGGUGGAGGCCCGACGUCCGGGAUCCCUGCGGAUCAGCUGUUGGGGCUGAGCAGCGAUACCAAGCACAGCCGCUAUACAAUGUACGGCGCUGUGCUUGGUGAGCACGGAGAAGGCCGCGGUGCUCACAGGUGCCUUCUCAAAACAGCAGAUGGGCGCAGGUCCAGGGUGUCGAUCAGAUACUGAUAACCUGUCCAGAGGAUAGGUCAUCAGUAAAAAAAAAAUAUCUCAGAAAACCCUUUUAAAUUGUUAUUAUGAUUAUUAUUAUUAUUAUUAUUAUUAUUAUUAUUGUGCUACAACAUAAUUGUUUUUUUUUUCUACAAUUGAUUUACUUCCUGUUAGAAUUUAAUGUUGUUUUUUUAAGAUAACCAUAUACUUUCGCAUAUUAAAAAAUAUUUAUUUA